AGACAAAUACCUCUUAACUUCACUGAGGAAGAAAUAAAAGAAAAUAUCAUUUCAGAUAUUCCUGUUACAGCUAUCUCAAGAAUUACCAGAAGAGAUCCCAAUGACAAAGAGAAGUUCAUUCCAACUCUCGCUGUGAAAAUAAGUUUUGAAGGCAACGAACUACCAGAAACCAUAGACAUUUUUUGCGUAAAAAUCAAAAUGGUUCACUACAUUCCUAGAGUUAGGCAUUGUUACAACUGCGGCAGACUAGGGCACACAAAAAUGGCCUGCAGAGCAGCCAACAGAUGCAUUAUCUGUGGCAAGGCAGAGGGCUGUAGUAGUAAAUGCAAUGAAACCACAAAUUCGUGCAUACUAUGCGGAGGGGAUAAUCACAAUUCACUCGAGAGCAGGAAAUGUUCAAAAUGGGCCAGAGAAAAACAGGUGGUAGAAAUUAUGACAAUCAAAAAGGUAUCGAAGUCUGAGGCGAUUGGGAUGUACAAUUUAAACAAUAAUAACCGUUUCUCAGCUCUAGAAAACUAUGAGGGAAAUUUCCCACAGUUAGAAGCAAAAAGCACAGCAAGGAUCAACAAUGAUGAAACAGUAAAUAGAAAACUUACAUCAUAUAAAUACAAUUACGUAGUUAGAAAUCACCAAACCCACACAACAGCUACACCUAACCCUCCCAAAAUAUUGCCGAAAGCUACAACCAAAACACAACCCGUCUACGAAAUGCAGAAUUGGUCUAAGGUCACAGAGAUUGAAAAGCUGGUAAAUCUCCUUAUAAAAAGGUACGACAUCGACGUAAACGACCCCUUGGUUAACCUAAUUCGCAAUAUAGGCGCAGUACACAUUGAAGACAAAAAUCCAAGUAACAAAGAUGACAAGUCCAAUAAAAAUAUUACAAUAUAACGUACAAAGCCUUAAAAUCUGCCUCCAGGAAAUUUUUUCGCAUGACAACCAUACAACUCAACACAAUUUAAUGAACUUCAACUUACUCAGAAAGACCAGAAUCGAUGGAUAUGGUGGCGUAGGAAUCGGAUUUAUAAAAGGUAUAAAAUUUACGAAAAUCAAAUUUGUUACAAAUUACGACAUUCUAAUAGCCAAGACGAUUAAUCUUAUUAAUAAUCUAACUAUUUGCAACUCCUCCCAACCUUGACAUUUUAAAUUUUACUAACGAACUGAACCGCGUAGUACUUUUGCUUAACAAUCAUGAAAACGUUAUAAUAGCAGGGGACCUCAACGCUAGGCAUCAAGUGUGGGGAGACAGAAUAUGCAACACCAAAGGAAAAAUAGUUAUUGACGAAAUCAGUAACACCAAUCUCCAGUGCAUCAACAGUGGAGCAAUCACUCACCGCACCGGUAACAGUGCAGGAACGGUAAUUGACAUAACUCUGACCAAUAUUAACAGCAGUUACACAAAAUGGCACUGUCAACAAGUCCAGUUGGGAGGCAGUAAGCAUUUCCCCAUCAUCGUUGAGGUCACUAAUAGCAGCAAAAAGCCCAACUAUUUCAUCCCCAAAGAACGACUCGCCCAGGAACUUGCUCAGUUAAAAUUCUCUGACUUAGAAAAUAUCACGACAGAAAUAGACGGCGUUAGGAACAGGAUUAAAAUUGACUUAAACACAUCCAGGCGUACCCCUAAAAACUGGUGGAGUGAUGACCUCAAAAAACUGUACAGAUUACAUGUCGCUAAACGCAAAAAAGCUUAUCAUACUAACAAUGUUAAAGACAUGGAAGCCUCAAUUACAUCAACUAGCGACUGGAAAGAAACGGUGAAGGCGGCAAAGAAAGCGAGCUACAACAGUAAAAUUGAGGAGAUAAACACUUGCCCCAACUCGACACAGGCUUGGAAAUUCAUAAGAAAUGUCAAAGGCAAUAAACGUGCGUCUCACAAUUGGGCAGCUGAAGAUGACCGAAACUACUUAGAACUGAUAAGAAAUCAAGCUCAACAAGCCAGCAACCCUUGUAACGUCAUCACUCCAACCACCGCUGCAUCAGUAAACGCCAACAACAGCGUUGACUUUU